AUGUCUUUCAAUGGACCUCCGUACAACCCAGACCCCUGGUUAAACAGACCCGGGGCCAUGGAAUACCCCUUGUACUCCCACGAGUCCCUGUCAACCUUCUCCGCAGUACCAGAGAACCUCCACAUCUCCGAUCCGGAGCUGUUGAACAUCCACCUGCCACCCGGAGCCGCACACAUGAGCCCCACGUACCCAGAAACACCUCGGCUCUCCAGAGCAGACUUCAAUUCAUCCCCUGGACACGAAGGACACGAAGACAGACAAUACCCGUGCCCGCACUCGCACUCUCACACGCAUGCCCACUCCCACUCCCCAGACUACGCCAGAAUGCACCACCACCAGACAUCCCCACCAUACGGCACAAGCGCACGCAUGCCACCAAACUCCACAAACUACAACCCUUACUGCCCGCAAAUCACACCACCAACCGAAACCACACUCCCUAGCCGAGACCCACACGCAAUCCACCGCCGCACCUCCAGUGCAUCAAGCACCAGCAGCCUAGUACCCUUCGACCGAGAACGAUCACACCAACACCGGCCCUUCAAAUGCAAGUGGGAAGGAUGUAGGUACACAGGGGCGUUUGGGCGGAAGUUCGAAUUGAAGCGCCACGUCGAGACGCAGCAUAUCAAUCCAAACUCCUACGAGUGUCCGGGGUGUAGAAAAGGUUAUAACAGGAAGGAUAACCUGGAGGAGCAUCUGCGGAGGGCGCAUGUUGACAUGUGA